CGAUUUUUUGCCAAAUGUGAUCUGUGAAAAUGUGAUUUGAGCUAUUCAGCUAUUUUGCUGCAUGUUUUGCAUGAUGCAACUUGAAACACUUUACGACAUAAAUUAGUUUACAAAAUUUGUAUAUCAUGUAAAACAAAGCACUACUUGACAGAGACUUAAAUAUACAAGGAACGGGUCAAUCUUCAACUUUAUUUACAUUUGCAUUGCAAUAUUUCUGCCCUAACUUUAUACUGAAGAAGGUAAAUAAUGUAUUAAGUGCUCCCCAAAAUAAAAUACCGCUGCGAAAAGAUGAUGUCUAAAUCAGCCACACGACCAAUUCUUCGAAUGCUGGGCAGAUUUUACGCGUCGACCUCAUCCGGCGUUGAAGCUGCUGCUUCUUCCACUACGUCCACAACACAAACAGUUAAACAAACGUUACCAGUAACUGGACACAAGCUAGCGUACAGUGAGUUUGGUGACCCUUCCGCAGUCAUUAGGAGGGAGAGGUUUCAAAUUGACGCUGUCCCUGAAAAUCAUAUUGUCGUAAAAAUGUUGGCAUCGCCCGUAAACCCAGCAGAUUUAAACACCAUACAAGGAACAUAUCCUGUAAAGCCGGCAAAGCUCCCUGCCGUUCCUGGAAACGAAGGGGUGGGUGUUGUUAUCAAGACUGCGGCAAUUCCAGGUAGGGAUCCGAUAAAUGAAGGGGACUGGGUUAUCCCCAGAACCCCAGCGUUUGGCACCUGGCAAGCCUUCGUGCAUGGCAGCUCUGAAGACUUUAUCAAGAUUCCUCAAAUGGACUUGGUUACAGCAGCCACACUCAGCGUGAAUCCCUGCACAGCUUACAGAAUGUUGAAAGAUUUUGAAACCUUGAAACCGGGGGACCGUGUGAUUCAAAACGGUGGAAAUUCAGCCGUUGGUCAAGCAGUUAUCCAAUUAUGUAGAGAGUUUGGACUUAAAUGUGUAUCUCUAGUUAGACCACGAGAAGAUUUCAAGCAACUAAAGGCCAAAUUGAUGACACUUGGAAAUUCUGAUACAAUCAUUAUAACGGAUGACGAUCUGCGAGGCAUGAUGCGUGACUUUAAGGCACAACUAGCUCUUAAUUGCGUGGGUGGAAAAUGUGCUACUGAUAUUAUGAGAGUUUUAGAUACCGGUCGGACAAUGGUCACAUAUGGAGGAAUGUCUCGCCAGCCAGUAGUACUUCCAACUUCCAGCCUAAUUUUUAAUGAUGUUAAGCUAAAGGGGUUUUGGAUGACAAGAUGGAAUCGGACCCAGCCACAUGAAGACAGAAAAGAAAUGUUGGAAUAUUUAAGUAAUCUGGCCCUUACGGGAAAAUGGAUUCCUCCUGAACACAAGCUCAUUCCAUUCGCUAAAUAUCGGGACGCGUUAGAAAAUACCAUGAAAGGAUACACUGGUGUCAAGUACAUCAUAAAAUUUGACUAACUAAUAAUAAUAAGCAUGAUAGGUUUUUUCUAGUAACUAGACAUUUAAUUUAUAAAAUGUUGUCCCUUUUUGGAUACACAAUAAAUGCCGACAUUACUAUUGUGA